AUGAGGGACGAGGGCCGGGUACCCACAUCCCCAAUAAAGCCGCGUCCUAGGCCCGGCGGAGCGGUGGUUCUUCAGCGCGUGCGGAGAACGAGGCGGCGGGAGGGGUCCGGAGCGCGGGAGAGCGCCGAGGGCGGGCUGGAGGCCUCGCCCCCCACCCGCGCCGCCCAGGCCCCGGGCGCUCCCGCGGCCCCUCCCCCGCGCCCAGCGCCGGUCCUACCGAAACUCGGCGGGCGCGCAGUGUCGAGACGCCCCCCAUGGGGCCCCGGGGAGCCGGGCCGAGAGGGAGGGCCCCGGAGGUCCAGGAAGAGGGGGAAAGGGAGAAAUUCGAGAAACAAGCCUCUCGGGGAGAACCAGACAAACCGGGGAGCCCCGAGGCCCGUGCUCUCCGGCUCCGCCGGGCUCCUCGUGACGCGGCACCCGGGCCCGGGCACCGACGGGAGUCCUGCCCCCGAGGCGGGAGCCCCGCCCUCGGCCCCGCCCAGGCCGGAGCCCCGAAUUCCGGCGGGGUACCGGGGAGGUGGGGUGAGGCCGCCGGUGCAGGGGAGGGUGGCAGCGCCGCACCUGCGGGCCAGGAAGGGGGGCGGCCCCGAGUCGCGAAGCCGCGGGGUGAGCAGCCCGAGCGCCGGUGGGGGCGGCCCCGCGCGGCCCCGCCCCUCCCGGCCGGUGCCCGCCCCCCUGCGCGCCCCGCCCCCUCCUUCCCCGCAGCCCCCACCCCCCGCCCCGGCUCCUCAACACAAACUUUCCGUCCCGCUCGCUCCCUCCUCCGCGCCCGGCGCCUCCCGCUCCAGCCCGGCUCAUUCCGCACAUUCCGGCCAGCCCCCUCCCCACGACCCCCCUUCCCUGGCCCCCCUCUCAGCCCCCUCGGGCCCAGCGGAGCGGCCUGGCCGGAGCGCCCCCCCGAGCUCGGACCAGGUCCGCCCUGGCCUCUGGAUCUUUCUGUUGGCUUCAGGCGCAGGCUGCCCAGUGGGCUCAGGUCCAGAGCCCAGAGCAACCAGCACAAUAGCGUCCAACAGCUGGAACGCCAGCAGCAGCCCCGGGGAGGCCCGGGAAGAUGGGCCCGAGGGCCUGGACAAGGGGCUGGACAAUGACGCGGAGGGCGUGUGGAGCCCGGACAUCGAGCAGAGCUUCCAGGAGGCCCUGGCCAUCUACCCGCCCUGUGGCCGCCGCAAGAUCAUCCUGUCGGACGAGGGCAAGAUGUACGGUCGAAAUGAGUUGAUCGCACGCUAUAUUAAAUUGAGGACGGGGAAGACUCGGACGAGAAAACAGGUGUCCAGCCACAUACAGGUUCUAGCUCGGAAGAAGGUGCGGGAGUACCAGGUUGGCAUCAAGGCCAUGAACCUGGACCAGGUCUCCAAGGACAAAGCCCUCCAGAGCAUGGCGUCCAUGUCCUCCGCCCAGAUCGUCUCCGCCAGCGUCCUCCAGAACAAGUUCAGCCCACCCUCCCCUCUGCCCCAGGCCGUCUUCUCCACGUCCUCACGGUUCUGGAGCAGCCCCCCUCUCCUGGGACAGCAGCCUGGACCCUCGCAGGACAUCAAGCCUUUUGCACAGCCAGCCUACCCCAUCCAGCCGCCCCUGCCGCCGACACUCAGCAGUUACGAGCCCCUGGCCCCGCUCCCCCCAGCUGCUGCCUCUGUGCCUGUGUGGCAAGACCGCACCAUUGCCUCCUCCCGGCUGCGGCUCCUUGAGUAUUCCGCCUUCAUGGAGGUGCAGCGAGACCCUGACACGUACAGCAAACACCUGUUCGUGCACAUCGGCCAGACGAACCCCGCCUUCUCGGACCCGCCCCUGGAGGCAGUGGAUGUGCGUCAGAUCUACGACAAGUUCCCCGAGAAAAAGGGUGGACUGAAGGAGCUCUAUGAGAAGGGGCCCCCUAAUGCCUUCUUCCUCGUCAAGUUCUGGGCCGACCUCAACAGCACCAUCCAGGAGGGCCCGGGAGCCUUCUAUGGGGUCAGCUCCCAGUACAGCUCGGCCGAUAGCAUGACCAUCAGCGUCUCCACCAAGGUGUGCUCCUUUGGCAAGCAGGUGGUGGAGAAGGUAGAGACCGAGUACGCCAGGCUGGAGAAUGGGCGCUUCGUGUACCGCAUCCACCGCUCGCCCAUGUGCGAGUACAUGAUCAACUUCAUCCACAAGCUGAAACACCUGCCCGAGAAGUACAUGAUGAACAGUGUCCUGGAGAACUUCACCAUCCUGCAGGUGGUCACGAGCCGGGACUCCCAGGAGACCCUGCUUGUCAUUGCUUUCGUCUUCGAAGUCUCCACCAGCGAGCACGGGGCCCAGCAUCACGUCUACAAGCUCGUCAAAGACUAAGGUGCCCUCUGCCCCCACCACCAGGAUCCAGGAUGAGCAUCUUUUCUGCAUACCUGCCUGGCACCCCCAGAGGUCCAGGAUUGAGGACUCAUCCACCUGCCAGGCUUCAGGCCCAGGACCCAGGAGGCCUCCCCACCUACCCCCAGCACACACACUCCCUGCCACUGUUCUGCGCUUUAAUUGUGGGAGAAGAAAGGUGGGCUCAGCGGUGGGGCAGCUUGCCCAGGACGCUGAACUAGCAUCACCCAGCUCUGCCCAGCCUUGAAGGAAGGGGAGGACACCUUUGAGCUCAGGCGUGUGUGGCCACCGGCCCCUCGGGGGAGUGUGACAGGCGGGUGAGGGUAGAAUGGAGACUGAGGGAGUUGCAAUGCAGAGGCCCCAGCAAGGAGAGUAUUGAGUUGGGGUUGGGUUGAGAAGAAGAAAGGGGCCCAUGCUUUCUUUGUACCUGCUGUGUGCUGGGUCCCCAAUGUGCCUCGUGCCAUCCUCGGACCCUGCAAGGCACGCGUGGGUCUCGGUGUCUCUGAUGAGGUGCUGAGGCUCCGAGAAGUUGAGGGAUGGGCAGAGUUGGAGUUCUCACCCAGGGCUGCCUGUCCCCAGAACCCAGGUUUACACUACCUCCCUGGAGCGGGGCUGGCCACAAGGGGCUGGAGAGAGGGUCUGCACUGAGGGGCUGGAGCCAGCUGGGUUGGGGGCCCGAACAGAGUGCCUCCUCCCAGAGCCCCUGACACAGGGGAGCAGCUGCUUCUGACUAGGCGGGAAGAGGGGGAGCAGCGGGUACGCGGCACCUGGUGGGCACCCUCUGUCAGCCUGCAAUCCAGCCAGGCCUCAGGAGCUUCCUGUGCCGACCUCCUCCAACAGCCCAGAGCCGGUGCCCGAGCCCCCCAGAAGCCUACUGAUGGGGGAUGGCCCCCAGAGGCAGGCCCAGGCUCAGCCCUAGGCUGGAGGGUCCGGUGGGAAGAUGGAGUCCCACCUCUGGGCAGACCAGUGGCCUGGGGACAAGGAGUAGCAGAAGGCUUUGAUAUUUUCUCUUGCCCAAGACUUGGGUUGGUGAAUCCUUUGCUCCCUGAUGUUCUUCCCCGCCUCAGUCUCUCUGGCCUGGAGCAGUAGCUCCCCAGACCCAGUUCUGGGACUGAAGGUUCACCCUUCCCCUGCUGCCUCUUCCCAACACCCAGGCCCCUCAGCAAGCUCGGCCUGCCCACCAGCCGCCUCUGGGUAUUUAUGAGUUUCAUAUGAAGUACUGUGCCCCUUCCCUUCCUUACCCGCCGCCCUGCCCCUGAGCUUCCCGAAGGUCCUCACAGUUUGCAUUCGCUCAGGCCACGUCCAAACCCAACCUAGGUUUUAUAAUGUAUAUUAUAUAUUUUUUUGUGUAUUUUUUAAAUCCAGCUGUGAUGGGUUAUAUCAUAAAUGUGGCGCGGGGCGGGGGCGGGGGCCCUCAAGGCCCGGCUCCUGCUCAAAAAAAAAAAAAAAAAUUAAAGUUAUUUGUUUGUGGGUUA